AGCUGUUUGAAGACGAACAGACGACAGGCUGUUCCGGAGAUGAACGAUGGGCAAACAAAGGCUGAACACUUGUGAGACAACCCGAGCUUCCUCUUGACAAAAUCAGUUUUUGCUGUUUUAAAUGGAGCGGAAAAGAGAUCUGACACGGACUUCAGCGCUUUACUGUUGCUGCCUCCUCAUCAGCUCCGUGCUGGCUGAAGACUGGACUCGCGUUAACACUGAGGACGAGCUCUUCAGCACCUUGUUCGGAGGCUACAGCAAGUGGACGCGUCCGGCGCAAAACAUCACCGACGUGGUUAUCGUCAAGUUCGGCCUCUCUAUCGCACAGCUGAUAGACGUGGAUGAGAAAAAUCAGAUGAUGACGACCAACGUGUGGCUGAAACAGGAAUGGACUGACUAUAAGCUGCAGUGGAGUCCCUCCGACUUCGACAAUGUGACGUCUAUCAGAGUUCCCUCUGAGCUCAUCUGGGUGCCGGACAUUGUGCUGUACAACAAUGCAGACGGAGAGUUCGCCGUCACCCACAUGACCAAGGCCCAUCUGUUUCACACCGGUCGUGUCCGCUGGGUGCCCCCGGCCAUCUACAAGUCCUCCUGCUCCAUCGAUGUCACCUUCUUCCCUUUCGACCAGCAGAGCUGCAAGAUGAAGUUCGGCUCCUGGACGUACGACCGCGCCAAGAUCGACCUGGAGCCCUUUGAGAACACGGUGGACUUAAAGGAUUACUGGGAGAGCGGAGAGUGGGCGAUUGUUAAUGCCGUGGGCACCUACAACACCAAGAAAUACGACUGCUGCCACGAGAUCUACCCCGACAUCACCUACUAUUUUGUCAUCCGCCGCCUCCCGUUGUUCUACACCAUCAACCUCAUCAUCCCCUGUCUCCUCAUCUCCUGCCUCACCGUCCUGGUCUUCUACCUACCGUCGGACUGCGGCGAGAAAAUCACGCUGUGCAUUUCCGUGCUGCUGUCGCUCACUGUCUUCCUGCUGCUCAUCACGGAGAUCAUCCCGUCCACGUCGCUGGUCAUACCGUUGAUCGGGGAGUAUCUGCUCUUCACUAUGAUUUUCGUCACGCUGUCCAUCGUCAUCACCGUGUUUGUGCUGAACGUGCACCACCGGUCGUCAGCGACCCACACCAUGCCUCGAUGGGUUCGGAGGCUUUUCCUCUCUGCGGUGCCACGCUGGCUGUGCAUGAAGCGUCCAGACCAUGGUCUCAGGCCUGUAAGGCGGAGCCGCCUGACUCAUAAACUCCUCCCCAUCCGGACUCCAGGCCUCUCCCACAGCACAUCCACCUGGAUCACUCAGGAGUCUGACAUCGAUCUCCAUGGUUACCAGGACGACAACGGUUGCCACAGCAGCCACCAGCUCGACUCCUUGGAUACCGGAGAUGCAAUUCACUACUGCGAUCUUCACGGUUAUCCAAUCACAGAUAAUCUGGCGAGGUUUGGGGUGAAGAUAGCUGGUCGGCCGAGGAUGUCUUCCCUCUCUCCUCCUUCCCCUCACUGUCUUGGUUACACCCUCCUCCCACAGAGACACUCCACAGUCAGCUUGGACUGGGACACCCCUCCUGUGGAGCAUGGUUCGACCCAGAGCCCAUCGGCCUCUGUUCUGUCUCCUGCAGUGGCAUCUGCCCUGGAGGGGGUGACCUACAUCGCAGAGCACCUUAGAGCAGAGGAUGCAGACUUCUCAGUGAAGGAGGACUGGAAGUAUGUAGCCAUGGUUGUAGACCGGAUCUUCCUGUGGAUGUUCAUUAUUGUGUGUCUGCUGGGGACAGUUGGACUCUUCCUGCCUCCCUGGCUCUCUGGGAUGUUUUAGAAACCAAACUGGAUAUCAAAAGAAUUAAUAAAAUAAUUAAAUUAAUAAAUCAAUGAUUCAGAAAAAGUGGAGUUUGUUUGUAGGUAAAGAAAGAGAGAUGAAAACUCACGUCUCUUAAGUUUCCUUGGAAGUAAGAUAACAUGUUUGACCUGAAGUACAAUUAAGGCUGCAAUUAACAGUUAUUUUCAUUAUCAAUUAAUCUGCCUUUUUGCUUGAAAAAUGACUUGAAAAAUUGUUGCUGAUUGUUUGUCGAUCGACUAAAUCUUCAAAAAUGCAUAAAACCCCAAAUAAAGCUUAUUUAGAAUUUAACUAUUUUCAAAGAAUUAAAUUAAAACUUCCUUUGUGAAA